AUGGCCUCGACGCUUCUCCGGCGCCAGCUCGCGCGGGCUCCGCGCCUGGCUCCUCUCAUAUCCUCCCAUGCGUCGCCCCUGAGUCGCCACCUCUCGAGCACGCCCACUGUCUUGCAGGCAGAGCCCGCUCCUGGGCAGGCUGGCGCACGGACGCUGGGCGGGAAAACUACGUUCGACACUCACACAGUCGAAGAUCUCCAGGGAAUACAUGCGUCUGAAAUUUUGGCUGAGACAGGCACGAGGCCAGAGUCAACGAUGCGGCACUUUACUGUGAACUUUGGUCCCCAACAUCCUGCUGCCCAUGGUGUACUUCGGUUGAUACUCGAGCUGAACGGUGAGGAAGUGUUACGCGCAGACCCACACAUUGGUCUCCUUCACAGAGGGACUGAAAAGCUCAUUGAAUACAAGACUUACGCUCAAGCUCUGCCCUAUUUCGAUCGUCUUGAUUACGUUUCUAUGAUGACGAACGAGCUCUGCUACUCGCUCGCCGUCGAGAAGCUGCUGAAUAUCGAAGUACCAGAGCGUGCUAAGUGGAUUCGAACGCUCUUCGGCGAGCUCACCCGCGUUCUGAACCAUCUCAUGGCAGUCCUCUCGCACGCUAUGGACGUGGGUGCGCUGACACCCUUCCUGUGGGGUUUCGAAGAGCGCGAGAAGCUCAUGGAGUUCUACGAACGCGUCUCCGGCGCCCGCCUGCACGCUGCUUACGUGCGCCCCGGUGGUGUCGCGUUCGACCUCCCGCAUGGGCUACUUAACGACAUCUUCCAUUGGGCGACACAGUUCAGCUCGCGCGUGGACGAGAUUGAGGAAGUCGUCACGGGUAACCGUAUCUGGAAGGAGCGUACCAUUGGCAUCGGCAGAGUCACUGCGAAGGAGGCGAUGGACUACAGCUUCAGCGGUGUCAUGCUGAGAGGUAGCGGCAUUCCUUGGGAUAUUCGCAAAGUCGCCCCGUACGACAAGUACGACGAGGUCGAAUUUGACGUUCCGGUCGGUAAGGAUGGCGACUGCUACGACCGGUAUCUGUGCCGUGUACAAGAGUUCCGAGAGUCUUUGCGGAUCAUUGACCAAUGUUUGAACAAGAUUCCCACUGGGGCGGUUAGGGUCGACGACUACAAGCUCGUGCCCCCUCCGCGUGCAUCCAUGAAGGAGAGCAUGGAGUCUCUCAUCCACCACUUCAAGUUCUUCAGCGAGGGCUACUCUGUGCCUCCCGGUGAGACUUACAGUGCGAUUGAGGCUCCCAAGGGCGAGAUGGGUGUGUAUCUCGUCUCGGACGGGACUAAUCGUCCAUACCGCUGCAAGAUCCGUGCACCUGGGUUCGCGCACCUGGCCGGCGCCGACUUUAUGAUGAGACGUGAGUGCAGUGCCUCUUCAUUUAUCUGCCUGAACGUGCACUUCAUUGCGGACGUCGUUGCUGUCAUCGGAACUAUGGAUCUCGUGUUCGGUGAGGUUGACCGGUAA